AUGGUUCAGCUUACAGAAGUCACCGACGAGGAGUUUAUGCGCGAGCAGGAAGGUCCCGUUGACGACGAGGACUGGGACACGGACUCGGCAAUUGCUAACCAUGGCAAAACCGCAGAUUCCGAUACUUCGUCCGUCCACUCGGUGCAGCCCGAUGAGACAUUUUUCGAGCGCCUUUCAGCGCUGCAAGAUAUGAUUCCCGCCAGCACACGGCGCUCCGUCUCGUCAAAAGCAAGCACAAUCUCGUCGUGGUUCAAGAGCGGCCUGAGCAUGGGUGGUAAGACGCUGUGGGUCGUGAGCACCAGUGCGCUGCUGUUGGGUGUGCCGUGGGCUUUGGCGUACAGCGAGGAGCAGAUGAUUGUUGAGCAGGAGAGGGCUGAGUUGCAAGCACAGCGCGCGCAGAACGAGUUCAUGGCUCCCGGUGCGCCACUUCCAGGCCAAUCGCAGGGCGCAAAGCCGGCUUUGUAA